CGUAUCGGCGCUCGUCGGCCAUUGGCCAUAAACAUUACACAACAAGUUGGAAAUCGCAAAUUCAACAAUGAGUGGUUCGGAAGGAAUCAGUGGCUAACUGCAAGCGGUGCAAAUGCAAUCCCUAGCCUGCUUUUCAGUGGAGUGGGUGUGUGGUCUGGGUUUAAAGGGUCUCUUUACCAAGCUGAAAAGGACAAACAUUCAACAUUGGCAGCGUGACCAUGCUCAAAACAACUGGAAACUCGGAACUGGGAAAUCUCAGACUUCAGUGAGUUUCGAGACAACUGGGAACUCUGAGGGAAACGAGCUCCGCCUGGGAAAAUACGUUUUAAACUGUCAUCCAACUUUGAAUUGCAAGUCGGGAACUCAGGCCACUUUUUAGAGCUCCGACAUGAAGAUCACUGACAUCACAUGAUUCGACCUUGUUUUCCCCCCCCGAGAUUCCAGUUGUCUUGAAAGCACCAUAAAUCCAGAGAAUGCCCGACUUUGAUGACAAAGCUUGAAGACAAAAUUUUCCCACACAGGACCGUCGUGCCACCUUCCUGUUCAAGUGAGCACAGCACCACAAGCUGUAAAGAUGAAGAUUGAGAACAGCCUGCCCCGCCCCCAGCUCCCCGAGACCCCUCCCCAGACGGGCCUCCAGUUCACCGUAGCGACAGAAGAGGACUUUGAAGAGAUCAUGGCGAUGAGCCAGGACAUCUAUGGAGGGCUGGACUACCUGCCGACCCGCUACACCGCCUGGCUGUCCGAGUCCAACCGCACCGUCAUACUGGCCCGCAAGCAGGGCAAAGUGAUUGCCCUGGAGUCCGUGUGUGUGAUAGAUGACGGUGACACCAUGCUGGUGGAGGGGUUACGUGUGGCCCCGCAGGAGAGGGGGAAGGGCGUGGCAGGGGUGCUUCUGAGGUUCUGCUCACAGCUGGUCAAGUCCAAGUGGCCUGAGGUGAAGGUGACCAGGCUGACCCGCGACGACCAGCUGGGGCCCAAGGACUUUCAGAAGUACCGCCUCAUCACCAAACAGGGCAUCCUGCUAGUUCGCUUCAAUGCCGAAGACCUCAAGCUCCGGCUCUCCGAACUGGGGCUGCAUGUGACCCUCCCUCCCUCCUCUGAGGGUACCUCCCAGGGUUCUGACAACCCCCUGGUUCCCCCGGUCCUUCUGGACCUCAAUGAGGCCCACCAGAUGUUCCUCAACUCUGGCUUGAUGUCCAACGUGCUCCCUAACGCUACCAUCGUCCAGGACUGGCAGCCGUUCAAGCCCCUACCCAGCAACAUGGCCAUUCUUCUGAAGAAGGACAUCGACUGGAUGGUGGACGACCGCGACGUCCCCGCCGUGGCCAGCCUCUGCACCCACCCCUUCCGGGUGCCUGGAGGUCCUUACCGAGUUGGUGACGACACGUACUACCUCAACAUCGACGUGUUCGGUAAGGACAUAGGCCUGGUGCUCCAGCAGUUCCUGAGUCACCUCCGGCGCCACACAGCCACCCUGAAGGGCUACGUCAUGUGUCAGAUGUUUCUGGAUCCCCCCAUGUGGAAACCCAUGGUCGAAUUCUGUCGCCAGACACUGAAGGUGGAGCUGGUUAAGGAAUACACAGAGCAGUGCGUGGUCGAGUCGGAUGUCAUGUAGCUGGCAGAAGAGGAAGGAGGAAGAGGAAGAGGAGAAACAAUAUGAAGGAAAAAACGGGAAUAGUGGACAAAUUCAGAAAAUGUUUCAGAGACCCAAUGAAUGAACAAACCACAUUCUCUUUAGAAAAUGAAAUGGGAAAGUUCCCAAAGAAACUUCGGAACGAUUAGCAACAACCUCCCUAAGCAAGUCUAUAGUGAAACAACUUAGAAGCCGCAUUAGAUUUGCAAUAUAUUUGAUAUUAACACUACCGCUAACAAAAAUAUUUUUGGGAAAAAAGGCAGUUAUUCAAAAUACAUUUUGACAAAUUAGUUUCAAUUAAUUUCUCAGUCUUUUACCAUUCAGUCAUCACAAAAAUCUAACUCUUAACAACAGGAGUAACUUCAUGCUAACGUUACUCCUUCAAUAAAAUAGAAAAUGCAAGCUAGUUUAUGGUAUGUUAUGCCGUUUAAUCCUUUUUUUUUGUAAAUAUAAAGUAUAAAUAUGUACACAUUCUGAAUUGCAAAUAAGUCUGCACAACUCUUGAGGCACUUUAUUAAACCAUAUGAGCUGUUGUGCUAAAGUGCGAGUGAUGAAGUGAGGAAGAGAGGAGUUGGUUUACUUUUAGAGAUGACUGAAUUUAACUGAUUUCGAACGCAUCACUCCCAUCCAUAGUCAUGGUAGAAAUCCUUUUGGACUUAUUCUAUCUAACACCAAAUCCCCAAAUACUGUCGAACAAACAACAGCCCUUCAGUGAAUCUUACAGAGCAUUUGCACGCUUAUAAUUCACACUAAAUGGCUGAAAAUGAACAGCUAGAAACACACUUAGCUCAUAACGCUGAAACCUGGCCAGUUAACUUUUAAAACAAUUUAGUUGUCUUCGUAGUUUUUUUUUAACAGUCACUCAGUUUUGUUUUUUUAAGCACUUAACCAUAUUGCUAAUUUAUAGCUACUUUUCCAAGCGUACUUGAAUGCGUCAGUAGUACGUAAAGAGGUAAUAUAUUAACAGCAGAAGCUUUCUGGAGGCUGUCGUAUAACAAUGUGCAAUCUAAGCUAACUCUAUAGUAGAUUGCUAACAAUGUGAAAAAAAGGUAGAUGUACUAUACUCAAACAAUUGAACUAAUAUAGUUGAGAUUGACUUAGCAUUAACAACAUUGUUCGGUAGCUAGAGACAUAUUUCAAUGGUAAACGUCGCCAUCACAAAUAUUAUCUGACAGCCUUUGUCAAGGUUCAAUUCUAGUCCCUCGUGGUUGUUGAAAACAUCAACAUAGAUACUACAGUCACGCUAAGACACUUCAUAUCCACUCUACGAAGCUGCGUAGCCACCCUAAGAAGCUUCAUAAGCUUUGGUACACGGUAAGAGCUCAGCAAAGCAAAUGGGACACAGUUUACUCUCAAAGGCCUCAUAACCACUCUACAAAGCUUCAUAGCCACUCUACUAAGCUUUAUAAGCUUUUGGCUCUUUGCUCUUGAACGUUCCCUUUAAGAAGUGAUGCUUUUGACAUGACGUAGCACUGAACGAGCCUACAUUGCAACCCCCAAAUUGAGACUGAAGCCAUCUAAAACCACUACAGAAGAGAGACUGGCCAUUCUAUGGACUCUCCAACCUGCCCUCGUUGUAAAAGGGACCUUGUCGUAAGGGAUGAAUUGGACGGAGGAAGAGAAUAUCUUUUUUUAUUUGUUUGGUACACUGACCCUUGUCUGGACACCCCAUCUGUCAUCCUCCUGUCUUUCCGAGACGAAAGGUUAAACACACUCACACAUGAUGAACUGAAGGAUUGGACUGGAUCGAUAUCGGACGAUGGAUGGACAAGAUGCCUGGAGAAAGUGGAAUGAAGAAUGAAGCAAAUGUCAUAGCGGAUUCCAUAUUCGUCAAAGCAAAACAGAAACAACGAAACAAUGCUUUGUCAAGGCUGAUGAUGAUUUUCUCAGUUCUUUUGAGAAGCACUUUCUAUUUUUUUUCCACCCAUUGAAGAAGCAAAUCUGGACUGCCCCCCCCUUUUUUGCUGCAGCUAGUCGUGAGGAAGAGGAAGAUAAAGAUUUUUAGCAACCCGAAUCCAGUGGUGAAGAGUAGUACACAAGCAAUCCCACAUAGAUGUAUUUUUUAACAAGAUUGGCAUUCACAUUCUAGCCCAUUUACAUCUACCCAAUGCAUACACUCCACCCCCACCCGUCUCUAAAGUCUUACCCCUACCCCACAUAUGAAACCCCACAUGAAACCCCCCCCCAGACAAAUAAUUUCUGAGAAAUUCUCCAUGAUAUGGGAAGGUAGAGCUUUUCCUCACAAUCAAGAACAACCCCUCUCUCAUUCUCUCGUUCUUCAUGAAUAGAUUCAAGACCAAUUAAAAGCCACCGAGUUUAAACCAUCAUUAUGUAGAUUAUCGUCAACUCUUGGCUGGUCAAAGGUAAGGGGCCCUGGUUGUCCUGUCAUAUCCAUGCUGGCCAUCUGGUGUAUGUAAAUGGUCUUGGAGAGCCUUGCUUUCCUGCUGCUAGUGUGUGAACAGAGGACCAGAUGAUGAGGGUUUUUACUAUUCAUGAAACUUAAGCAAAACGUUAUUAACCUAAUAUAAACAUUACUUGGCUUCUUGUUCAUAAAACCUAUUCAGAAAACCGACGAGUUACUUGUGGCUCCGUAGGAUACACAAGUGAGUAAUAGUUUUUAGUUGGUGUUGGACGUUCGUGAGUAGAGAUCCGUGUAUUUACGGGAAAGCCAUUGAGAUGGGAGAGGAGGAGCUAAUUUGUCUCUCUGAUAAGACGGAAGAGUAUAUCCCUGUUUGACAUUUGAAAACGAUCCUCUUUUCCCUCCAGUCCAGUUCCAUACCCCAUAUCUGUCUUUUUGUCUGCCUGUCGGUCUGUCUGCACAACUGGCAAAUGGGAAGCAGUUCUACUGUUCCUUCCAGGUCUCCGUAACAACGGAGCUCCCUGGUCUCCGUAACAACGGAGCUCUCCGUUCUUAAAAGCAUCCGAAGUGACAGUGAGGAGUGGGAUAUAGCUAUCUUAUAGUAACACAGUGUCAUGGUAGUGGGACGCCGGUGGACGUUGCGUGGUCUCAGAUAGACCGUGUUGUAUUGUAUACCCAUAAUACCUUGCAAAGUCCACAGACCCACGAAUCCAAUGAUUUUCCAAGACCAUAUGGCUAAAUUGGAUACCACAGCACGGCCCAAGGAUACGACAGGGAGGAUGUAUUUGGUUGGAGGGUGAACACGCUUGGUAAACGUACUAUAUCUGAUAUGAUACGCACGCACACACACACACACACACACACACACACACACACACAUACACGCAUCAAAUCCACACAAAAGGAAAUUGCAACCUUCCCAAAAAAACUACCCCUCAUCCCCAUCACGCCCAUGCAAUCUAUUGCCCAGAUGCCCACUUACCCCCGCAACAACAUGCCCUAAUCUAUGUUGUAUCUACUACCACAGAGACAAGGUUGUUGUCAUACAAACUGCCUCAGUGCCCAACAUACCCACCCAGGAAAGACUGUCUAUACCCAUGGUCUCCAUCUUCACUUAGACUAUACAAACGGUUGUCUGGUGAAUUGGUGGUUUGUCUGUGUCGUCUAGUAUAUUGAUAUAUAUUUGACCUACAGAUAUGUGCACAGUAUUUCAGAGGGAUGUUGGAUUCAGUAGGUAUAUUUUGUCUUGGGACUUAUUUGAUUAUUUGUAAAGGUAUGUUGGGUUGUGUGUUUGAGGGAAAUCUGGAAGGACAAAGUUUGGUAGAGAUCCAAAGAGAUUGGAUUGGUUCUAGACUGCGUCACAAUGAAUUUGUCUCCCAUCAGAUAAUUCAGAUUGAUCAAAAGACUCUACAGCAGAUAAUCCACGCUGAUCUAUCCUUGUACUCAGAGAUAUUCUCUCGAGAAGUACAAGUCAUCCACUGUUCUGAAACAUUCUAAACAAACUCUCCUCCCUCCCUUGUCCCCCAGAGCACACAAACACAGCAAAGAGAAUGAAUGGUGGUUAACCAACAGCCUUAGGGUUUCCUAAAGCACUGUGUAGUAGUAUGUGACAUGCACUUUACAUGUGAAAGCUACUGUAUGGAUAUGUACUAAACUAAGAAGAGGGUACUUCAUACUCUAACCAUCCCUGAUAGCGCUGAUUUGAUUCGGGUUUUUUUUUAAAUACAGCGAGUUUACUGUUACUGUGCUACCAUUGAGUCGGAUCUCGGUCUAAUGAUGGUAAAGUAAGCAUUUUGUUCAGCCCGAUUCAUUCGCCCUCUGCCGCUGUGAUUCUGUUGGGGAGGGCAGCAGGGCAGCGAAUGAAACGGGGGUCUGUUCAAAAUGAUUGAUGGAGUGUUGGGAAUGGAAUGGAAAGAUGAACGGGAACACUCGAUAGUGUUCUAAUGUUUUCUGUCUCGCUGUCGUCAACUGCGAUGUUAAUCAGCCAUGGUUACAAUCGCCACGGUUACGCAACUCAGAGCAAAGAUAAGAUCUCCGUUGUGAAUGAAUUCUUUCUCGUUAUGAAUCUGAUUAGAUGCUUAAUUGGUUGAUUAAAUAUAAUAGUCAUACAUACUCAUUAUUGAUCACAUUUGAUGUACAAACAGUGCUUUGAUUUACAAUUCUGGUGACUGUUGAUGGCUGGUUAUCAUCUUGCUGUGGGUUUGUGUUCUCCAAUUGUACAAAUUGUUAAUUUUGUCUGAGAUUCUUUAGUUUGUAAAAAUGAUUUUAUCUUCUACUAAUUAUUUCCUCUUAUCUAACCAGUAUUCUUCCACCAUCCCAUUUUUUUCCAUUUUAAUUCCUCACCCAUGUUCACCUUGUUCUUAAAACCACUCAACAUUUAAUCUCUUUAAAUCUAGAUAUGGUCAUUUUGAAUGCAGAGAUGGUUGUUAUUAAAAGCCUGAGCUGUCAUGAAGUAGAUAGAGCAGAGACUUGUUACAGUUGUUAGCAUUUUGUCUGAUAGGGAAGCAUGAAAGGUGCCUUGGGAUGUGUUUCAAACACAGGGAAGAUGUAUUGUCUCGAACCUGUAUUGGUAACAUUGCUUGUUCCCAGAUCUGUAGGUGUUUCAGCCAUCUCCUCUGUCUAUGACAGUCAGAGAAAGUUGAUUAAAACAUACUGAUCUGGGACCAGUCUAGUGGCUAGUGGUAGCUAUGCUUGGUGGUGGAGAAGGAGAGAGUAAAGGGCGUUUAGGAAAUGGCUUUUCACUUCUUCUUUUUUCUUGGCCUGGUCGCAAAGACAGACGAGGGAAGGAGAGAUGGGGGGAGGUCAUAGAGGAUAUGGGGUUGAGGGAAGGAGAGGUCAGGGAGAGCAGGAGGAGAAGGAGGGAUGGUGUGGGGGUUGUGGAAGAGGAGAUUAGAGUAGAGUAACAGGAGUCGCUCUCUCUCUCUUUAUUAUUGCAUUACCACUUUGGUAAUUAAAGGGCGUAAGAGGUUGGAAAAACCAGGGGCGGAUGGUUACUGUAGGAACUGUAGACUCUACUGUACUCCAGGCACCCUGAAAACAUUCCGUGAAGCUUUGUAGCCACACUAAGGUGCUUUAUAACCACUCUAUGAAGUUCCAUACUGUGGAGUCUAAACUUUUACCCACAUGUUUGUGGGUAAAAGUUCAGGCAAAAACGUGUGG